AUGGACAAAUCUCAGCAGCCGAGCUCCUUCCAGCAGUUGGAAAAGCUCGGAGAAGGCACCUAUGCCACUGUCUUCAAGGGCCGUAAUCGCCAGACGGGCGAGAUGGUUGCUCUCAAGGAAAUCCACCUGGAUUCGGAAGAGGGUACUCCUUCGACAGCAAUCCGUGAGAUUUCACUGAUGAAGGAACUCAAGCAUGAGAGCAUCGUAUCCCUGUACGAUGUCAUUCACACCGAAAACAAGCUGAUGCUCGUCUUUGAGUUCAUGGAUCGGGACUUGAAGCGGUACAUGGACACCCGCGGAGAUCGCGGCCAGCUAGACCCGGCCACCAUCAAGUCGUUCAUGCACCAGCUGCUGAAGGGAAUUGCUUUCUGUCAUGAGAACCGCGUCUUGCAUCGUGAUCUCAAGCCUCAGAAUCUCUUGAUCAACAAAAAGGGUCAACUCAAGCUCGGUGACUUUGGUCUCGCGCGUGCCUUCGGUAUCCCCGUCAAUACCUUUUCCAACGAAGUCGUUACCUUGUGGUACCGUGCUCCCGACGUUCUGCUUGGCUCACGAACCUACAACACCAGUAUUGAUAUCUGGUCAGCGGGCUGUAUCAUGGCGGAGAUGUACACCGGUCGUCCUCUCUUCCCGGGUACUACCAACGAGGACCAGCUGGUCAAGAUUUUCCGCCUGAUGGGCACCCCAUCCGAGCGCUCAUGGCCCGGUAUCUCCCAGCUACCCGAGUACAAGCCCACUUUCCACGUGUAUGCUACGCAAGACCUCGGCGCACUCCUGCCCCAGAUUGAUCCGCUAGGCCUGGACCUUCUGAACCGCAUGCUCCAACUUCGUCCCGAGAUGCGCAUCAGCGCCGCAGAUGCCCUGCAGCACCCGUGGUUCCAUGAUUUGCCUCAAGUCCAAGCCCAACUACAGCAGCAGCAGCAACAACAACAACAGCAGCAGCAGCAGCAGCAGCAGCAGCAGAUGGCCGGCGGAUACGGAGGAAUGGUUCCCCCUCAGUCAGCAUAUUAG